AUGGGCGGAGCCGCUCGGCUCCCCCAGCCAAUGGCGGCGCGCUUCCGGCAGCGCCGCGCGGGCGGCCGGAAUAAAAGGCCCCGGGAAGCGCACGAUGCAGCUAAGAUAACUCAAUCGGGCCGUGGCGCGCCGGAGGCUCCCGCUUGGCUGGACUACAAGACGCUGAAGCCGGGCAUGGCGCUGAACCUGUCCGCCGAGCCUUUCCGCGGCCUCAAGUCCCAGCUGCCGCACCACCUCCGCGGCCAGGAGGACGGCGGCCCCGCCGGCUACUUCGCCGCCUCCCUCCCGCAGCAGCAGGCGGCGGCGGCGGCGGCCGAGGGCGGCAGCGCCUCGCUCAAGCUGGCCGCGCCGGAGCUGGAGCGCCUCAUCAUCCAGAACGGCAGCGGCGUGAUCACCACCCCGACGCCGGGGGGGCAGUACUACUUCCCGCGGGGGGCCACCGAGGAGCAGGAGGGCUUCGCCGACGGCUUCGUCAAGGCGCUGGACGACCUGCACAAGAUGAACCACAUGCCGCCGCCCAACGUCUCGCUGGGGGCGGCGGGGGCGGCGGCAGGGGCCCCCUCCCCGGCCGGCUACGGCGGCGCCUCCUCGUCGCUGCCCCAGGAGCCGCCGCCCGUCUACACCAACCUGACCAGCUACAGCCCGGGCGGCGGCGGCGGCUUCCCCAGCGCCAACCUCAGCUACCUGCCGCAGCCCCACGCCGCCGCCCACCUGCCGCGGGGCUUCAAGGAGGAGCCGCAGACGGUGCCCGACGGGCAGAGCCCGCCCGUGUCGCCCAUCAACAUGGAGGACCAGGAGCGCAUCAAGGUGGAGCGGAAGCGGCUGCGCAACCGCCUGGCCGCCACCAAGUGCCGGAAGAGGAAGCUGGAGCGCAUCGCCCGCCUCGAGGACAAGGUGAAGAGCCUCAAGAGCGAGAACGCCGGCCUCGCCUCCACCGCCGGCGCCCUCCGCGACCAGGUGGCCCAGCUGAAGCACAAGGUCAUGAGCCACGUCAACCGCGGCUGCCAGCUCCUGCUCACCGCCAAGAUGCAGCAGUCCUUCUGA